AUGAUAUACUAUUUUACUUUUGUCAAAAUACACAAUAGCCUUUAUGUAUACAUAUCUGCAGAAGCUGAAAUUGUCCGGAAUCUUAUUUUUCAUCCACACGACACUAUAUUUUAUCCUCUAUUUUCGUUGUCAGUGACAGGGCAACAGCGCGCGCGAACAUACGCCCGCAGCGGUGUUUGUGAUAUUCCGCACUACGUUACUGUAUAUUGCUGCACAAAAUUAAGACUUGUCGCAAAUUGCAAAGUGAUCAAUUCUCCGUGUCAUUUUCAAUUCCUAAACAAACUGCAAUUACCUAUUAAGACAAAGAAGUGCUGUGAAAUUUUACACGUAUCGUGA